CCUUCUAUCCCUCCGUGCCGGAGGAGCGAGGAGGAACCUCUCCUCUGUUUUUUUUUCUCCCCCCUCUCUCUCUGCGGACACACGGAUAAUAACCACACCACGACUGGGAAGAUGGUUUUUCUGCUGCAUAUGUUUACCCUUUACACCCUGAGCGUCUUUGGCGGAGCCUCCGCCGCCCCUCACUAUAAUUGCAAUGGUCCUCUGGUAUCCACAUUACCCCAGUCAUCCUUUCAGAGCUCCUCGCAGUCAUCAGUCAGUCAUGCUGCUUACAAUGCCAAGCUCAACAGAAGAGAUGGAGCAGGAGGCUGGUCUCCCAUGGUGACCGACCAGGAGCCAUGGCUCCAGGUGGAUCUCAGGGAGCAGAUGGAGGUGACGGCUGUGGCCACACAGGGACGAUAUGACAGCUGGGACUGGGUCAGCAGUUACCUCCUGCUCUACAGUGACACGGGCCGGGCCUGGAAACAGUACAGGCAUGAGGACGGUGUAGGGAGAUUUGUCGGGAAUGUGAAUUCGGAGGCCGUUGUCCAGAACAAGCUGUCCCACGCAGUGAGAACGCGCUUCCUGCGUUUGGUGCCUCUCGACUGGAACCCCAGUGGCUGGUUGGGCCUCAGACUGGAGGUGUACGGCUGCUCCUACAAGUCGUAUGUGGCAGACUUUGACAGCAGAAGCUCCUUGCUGUAUCGGUUCAACCAGAAGUCCAUGUCAACGGUGAAGGACGUGAUCUCGCUGCGCUUCAAGAGCCAUCAGGCCGAGGGUGUUUUACUGCACGGAGAGGGGCAGCGAGGAGAUUACAUCACCCUGGAGCUUCACCGAGGCAGAUUGGACCUCUACCUCAACUUAGACGACAGCAGGCUGAGGUUCAGCAGCGGCCGCGUUGCCGUCACCGUGGGCAGCCUGCUGGACGACCAGCAGUGGCACUCGGUUCAUAUGGAGCGCUUCAACAAGCAGGUUAACCUCACAGUGGACUCCCACACACAGCACUUCCAGACCAAAGGAGAAGGCCACUCGCUGGAGGUGGACUACGAGCUGAGUUUUGGAGGUAUCCCACUGCCUGGCAAACCUGGCACCUUUUUGAGGAAGAACUUCCACGGCUGCAUGGAGAACCUCUACUACAACGGGAUCAAUAUCAUAGACCUGGCCAAGAGACGCAAGCCGCAGAUACACAGCGUGGGCAACGUGACCUUCUCGUGUUCGCAGCCCCAGCUGGUGUCCUGCACCUUUCUGAGCUCCAGCAGCAGCUUCCUGACGCUUCCGUCAGCAGCGUCUGCCACGGGGGGUUUCUCUGUUCGCUUCCAGUUCAGGACGUGGAACCCGGACGGGCUGCUGCUCGCUGUGCAGCUGAACCCGGAGCCCCACAGGCUGGAGCUGCAGAUCAGCAACAGCCGGCUGCAGCUGACCCUCGACAGCUCAGGACGACCCAAAGCAGAGGUCUCCGCUGGUCCCAGAGUCAACGAUGGUCUGUGGCACUCUGUGAGUCUCAACAUGAGGAAUCUACAGAUCACUUUGGCUGUGGACAGUGAGCCGUCCUCCUCCAUUGAACUGUGGGAACAACUGGAACCAAGAGGCAACCUUUACUUUGGAGGCUGUCCCGCCGUGGACUGUCAGUACCUGACUCCGGCCUUCCAGGGGUGUCUGCGGCUCAUUUUCAUCAACAGCCAGCCGAUGAGUCUCAAUCAGGUUCAGCAAGGAUUGCUGGGAAAUUAUAAUGAGCUUCAGUUUGACACCUGCAACAUAAGAGACAGAUGCCUUCCUAACCUGUGUGAACAUGGAGGCCGCUGCUCUCAGACGUGGAGCUCCUUCUCCUGCGACUGUUCAGGAACCGGAUACUCUGGAGCGACCUGUCACAACUCCAUCUACGAGUCGUCUUGUGAGGCCUACAAGCUGAUUGGCAGCUCCUCUGGCUUCUACUCCAUUGAUCCAGAUGGGAGCGGUCCCCUGGGGCCCGCACAGGUAUACUGCAACAUGACAGAGGAGAAGGUGUGGACGGUGUUGACGCACAACAACACGGCUCCAGUUACAGUCCAGGGCUCCUCUCUUUACAAACCGCACAUCAUGAAGUUCAACUACAGCGCCUCAGCUGAGCAACUCCGUGCCAUCGUAUCAGGCUCAGAGCAGUGCCAACAGGAAGUGGUUUACAACUGCAAGAAGUCCCGUCUCUUUAAUACAAAAGAUGGCAGUCCGCUCACGUGGUGGCUGGACUGGGAAGGAGAGAAACGAAGCUACUGGGGAGGAUUCCUGCCUGGCGUUCAGCAGUGCUCCUGCAGCCUGGAGGAGAACUGCAUGGACAUGAACUACUUCUGCAACUGCGAUGCAGACACAGACGCAUGGGCCAAUGACACAGGAAUCCUCUCCUAUAAAGACCACCUGCCAGUGAGCCAGAUAGUGAUUGGAGACACCAACAGAACGGGCUCGCAGGCCGUCUACCACAUCGGCCCUCUGCGUUGUUAUGGAGACAAGUCUAUAUGGAACGCAGCGUCUUUCUACCAGGAGUCCUCCUACCUCUACUUCCCCACCCUACAGGCUGAGCUCGCCUCUGAUAUCUCCUUCUACUUCAAGACGAGCGCUCCUUCAGGAGUGUUUCUGGAGAACCAGGGCCUCAAGGACUUCAUCAGAGUUGAGCUCAGCUCUCCCUCAGUGGUGACUUUCUCCUUUGAUGUGGGAAACGGUCCAGCGGUCCUGUCCGUGAAGUCCCACCUCCCUCUGAAUGACAGACAGUGGCACUACGUGAGGGCAGAGCGCAACGUGAAGGAGGCCUCCCUGCAGGUCGACCAGCUCCCCCUCCGCUUCCUGGAGGCUCCGGCUGAUGGACACCUCCGCUUACGGCUCAGCAGCCAGCUGUUUGUAGGAGGAACAGCAUCCCAGCAGAGAGGCUUCCUGGGCUGCAUCAGGACUCUGACCGUCAACGGUGCCAGCUUCGAUCUGGAGGAGAGGGCCAAGAUGACGCCGGGAGUGACCUCAGGUUGUCCCGGCUACUGCAGCGGCUCCAGCAGCCUCUGCCACAACAGAGGGAGGUGCAUCGAGAAGAGCAACGGCUACGUGUGCGACUGCUCCCAGUCCGCCUACGGUGGAACCACCUGUAAUCAAGAGGUGUCGGUGUCCUUCGACUUGGAGUCCUCAGUGACCUACACCUUCCAGGAGCCCUUCUCAGUGAUGCAGAACAGAAGCUCGCAGGCCUCCAGUGUUUCGACAGAAAGCAGCAGCAGAGCCAGAGAGGACUUGGCCUUCAGCUUCGUCACCUCCCAGCGGCCAGCCAUGCUGCUCACUGUCAGCACCUUCAGCCAGCAAUACAUCGCUGUCAUCCUCGCCAAGAACGGGAGUCUGCAGAUAUGGUAUCACCUUCAGACAGACAGGAGUCCAGACGUGUUCAGCCCCGUCCUCACUAACCUGGCAGACGGGCGACUCCAUCGAAUCAGAAUUCACCGAGUGGGAAAAAACCUCUAUGUACAGAUCGACCAGGACAUCCACAGAAAGUACACACUGUCAUCUGAUGCAGAGCUGAUCUUAAUCAGAUCCCUGACAUUGGGCAAAGUCACCAGGAGGGAGAACCUCAAUGAGGAAGUAAUGCAAGCAGCUUUUAAAGGUUUCAUUGGCUGCCUGUCCUCGGUCCAGUUCAAUCACGUUGCACCGCUGAAGGCGGCGCUGACAAAUCGAGGAAGCUCGUUGGUCACCAUCCGGGGUCCAUUGGUCCAAUCAAAUUGUGGAGCACUGGCGGAGUCCACCUCGCACACACUGCAAGAUCAAACCGUAACAGCAAAUAAAGAUAAGGAGCAGCAUGGCAACAGCACCCAGAAGGAUUUGGCUGUGAUAGCAGGUGUGAUCACAGCGGUGGUCUUCAUUGCUGUGUGCGCUCUGGCUGUGAUAAGCCGCCUCCUCUACCAGCAGAGGCGGGCCCAGAGGAGCAGCAGCAUCAAAGAGGAGAACAGACACAGCAUGUACACGGACUACAGGACAGAGCUGCACCUCAACAACUCAGUCAGGGACAACAUGAAGGAGUACUACAUCUGACUGCAGUGUGCACUCUGUGGACCUCAGUCACAAACUUACCUCUCUCUUAUUAAGGACGAAACAGGUGGACGCGCGGCUGCAGGAUUUCUUACAACAAAACAUCUCUGUGCCCUGGAAGUCUCCCAGGAACACUUCAAAAAAAAAAAAAAAAAAAAAAAAAAAAAAACUGUAGCCUGUUAGUCCACUCUCGUAAUGCUCCAGUACAAGCAAACGGCUGAAUCUUUACAGCCGUUAGUGUAUUUGAUGUUGGUGAAACUGUCAGAAUCAAGCUGCUGUGGUUUCUGUCGUUGCAAAAAUGUGUAAAGAGAAAAGAUGAAUGUUCUGCAGGGGUGGACAAAAGGGACACCACGAGUGCAACGAGCGAAAAGGCUGCUGUCCAUCCUGAAUGCGCACAACUUAAAACAUUUUGUUUGAAACCUGAAAUGCUGAAUACUUCCACGGUACAGUAGGACUCACUAAACUUGUACUUGCGAGUCAGGAAAUGUAGGUCAGGCCUGUAAGAUAUGCGUGCAUUCGCUGCCGUCUUUGUUUUUUCAGUGGUGGUGAAUGUGGUAGAAGAAGAAAAGAGGACAAUUACUGCCUAUACUGUAUGAGUGCCUAAUUUGCAUACAAGUUUUAUUUGAACAUUUUAGAAGUCGUUUGUGUGAUUUGCACAAAAGCAGUCGCAUUUCCAUAGAGAGGAGCUUCUUGUCAUUCAGUUCUGCAACACACCACACUACUAUAGAAUAAACGGAUAUUUGAAUUCCCCAGUCAUGCACAACAUCGGCCAGUUGACCAUCAGUAAAGGGGGACUCUCUGUAAUUAAAUCAUUUCUUUCACUGGGUUUAUUUGACCCCGGACUGUUUGAAAUAGCAAAAUUGACAUACCUAAAUCCUGUAAUCUUUUCCCAAUAUGUAAAUCCCAACACUUUCAAGUGUUUUAGGAUUUUUUUUUUUUUUAAGCCUUGUCCCUCAGAAAGCAUUAUACACCGUUCAGACCACAUCUAUUUAGUUGUAGGACAUUUUUAGCUGAUUACUCAUGACAUGAAUGGAUUUUAUUUCCAUGUGAAUAUUUGGCUUAUGUAUUAUUUUUCAUACAGUACAUAAAAGUCCAAAAGCACUUGUGCAUAUUGUAUCAUGAAAAUAGCAGAAUGGAGAUGAAUGAAUGGAGAGGAUUAUCAUAUUUCAAUAAAUAUAAACCAAUCAUAUACACAAGCGCAAACAGCAAGGGAUGUAAAUUUCAACAUUGCAGCAGCCAGUAAUAUAAUAAUAAUAAUAAUAAUAAUAAUAAUAAUAAUAAUUUUAUUUGAUAUAGUACCUUUUACAGACAGAGUCACAAAAGUGCUUCACACAAUAGACACUUGUUAAAAUACAGUAGGAUCCAAAACAGACACUAAACAAGCAAAAACAAAUACAAUACCAAUGAAGGUAAAAGAUAUCUGCAGGCUAAAAAACACAGCAUACACUGAUGCUGGUAUCAAAUCUGGCAAAAUCAUGCAACUCCCAAGCAUUAUCUUUGGUGUUCUUUGGCAAGUGGACAGCAGUUUGGUAGGUACAGGAAGCGUUGCGCUCAGCAAGUACUUAGGGAAACUGGUUCAACCAGCAUGCAAAUCAAGUUUGCAGUAGUUUGAAUCAAUCACAGCAGCGAGUUUUUUUUAGGUGCUCGUACAGCUACAGUAAACUCCGGGGUCAGCGUGACCGUCACAACCUAACCUACUACACUUUGUCACAGUACUAGAGUGAGUUUGUACCACUGUUUGAGGUCGUGCGGCUUUUAUCUCGAUCGCUAGCUUGGUUAUGUAAAAAAAACGCCAAAUCGGCAGGAGAAGUUCGGACUCAAACUGCAAAGCUGUGAUAUUUCUAAGAAGCAUCACAGUGUAGACACGGUGCGUACCAAACUCAAAACGUACUGGUACAAAAGUUCAGUUUGUCCAUUAUUUUUGCAGCGCUAGCCAGCAGUGCUUAGAGUUUUUUUUUUUUUUGCAACCAAGAAAAAGGCCACUAUAACAUCAUGUGUUGAUUUAUUUAUUAUCUGGAUUACAGGGAUAAGUGGUGUUUUCUAUAUUUCAAGCAGAAUGCUUUUUAUAUACCUUAUCAUACACUGGUUAAUCCUAAGAAAAGAAUCCAUACACACACACACACACAAACAAACAAGGCAAAAAGUCUAGAGCCAACCUGCGAGCCUGUAAUGCACAAAAAUUAAAGCAUGGCUGAAAAAUGGA